AUGCAGUUUUUGAGCGCAGUAAGUCCACACCCAUUCUCUACCCCAAGCUGGAAGGUUGAGACCAAGUAUUCAACCCGAGUGCUCACUGGAAACUGGGUGGAAGAGAGGAGGAAGUUCACCAAAGCCACUGAGAAAACACCUCAGAGCAUUUACAGAAAAGAGUAUGUGCCCUUCGCAGGCCACAGGCCGGACCAGAUCUCCAGGUGGUAUGGCAAGAGGAGAGUUGAGGGCCUCCCGCACAGACACCUGCUGGCAGGUCACCAGGAGCCCUGCCGCCGCCAUCUGAUCAGCACGUACGACGACCAUUACAACCGGCGUAGUCACAACCCGGCGCUGCCCGCACGGCGCACCUGGAACGGGCACCAGUUGCUGUGGCUCCCGGAGAGAUCGGACUUCCCCCUUCUCGCUCCCCCUACAAACUAUGGACUCUACGAACAGCUGAAGCGGAGGUGGCUGGCACCCAAGGCUGCCCCGUGGGAGAGCAUUUACACCUCAUCCUACCCCAGCCCGCCCGUGUGUGCUAUGUCCCGGCGGGAGCAUGCCAUCCCCGUGCCCCCCCCUCGCCUGCACCCUGUCCCGCGCCUCUGA